AUGCGAGUGCAAUCACAACUGCCUCAGGCAUCUGAUCUCUACAUCGUUCAUUUGAAACAGCAAACACCGAACGAAAUGAUACUUGAGCCUCCAUUCGAAAAUGCAUGGCUUGACACGAAUAUUUCAACAAUUAAACGUCGCUCGUAUCGGAAGAAGAGAUUCUUCAUUCCAAUCUGCUUAGUGACGAUUAUAUUCUUCGCCGUGACAGUCAUUCCCGUCUCUGUAUGGCGUUCAAGAUUUGCCAGCACUACCACCAUUACUAACUCUAGCAUAUCAGGUAUGCUUUUUUUAUGUGUUUUUUUAGCUCAAAGCUACCGAUGGUUUAUGCCAUAA